AUGAUGAGCUAGUCUUUUAAUCAAUUCUAAAGUUAAUAUACAGAAGUUUACCCAUACCUAUAUGAGGAUCAAUAAAACUGUGAGACGUUCUACUAAAAUUAAAAUAAUAAUUAACCCUAAGUUGGCUAACCAUUAUAGAUUGAAAAAUAAUAUUUUAUUAGCCUUUAAUUAGAAAAUCGCUUUAAUUAUACAUCAAAUUCCUUAAUUGAUAAUAGAGACACUCAAUACUCAACAAGUAAUCAUACAAAAUUAUCAUCAAGCUUUUCAACGAAUAAUGUGUAAUCUGAUCUCAUAGAAGAAGAGUUUAAAGUUUCAUAAUCAGAAGUAGAUUGUGCCAAAAAUGUUCAACACUUUGACUCAAUUAUUAACUCUUUGUAAGAUCCUUUUGGCAACAUAGUAAUGUAUCCAAUGUUUGAUUAAGAAAAUUAAGAUGAAUUGAACUUUUUCUAAUCAUAGUUUAAUGGUUUCUAAGCAGAUGCUUAAACUAAUUGCUAAUAACCCUAUAGUUCCAACUAUCAAGACCAAACUUAAUACUCUCAUUUUCUAAAUGAAUCAAACUGUGGUUCUUUAGAAUAAUAAUUAUCAUAAGAUCAUCAAUCCUCUAACAUCUUUAAUCAAAGAAAUGAAGAUUUAUAAGAGCUUAGUAGUAAUGUUAUUGAUAAGACAAUAUAUUUGACUCCUAGGCAAUAAAAAAUAUAUAAAAAUAAUCCAAACGCCUACCCUGAUAAAUUUUCUUGUAAGAAAUGCCAUAAAUACUAUAAGAAUCAUUCGGGUUUAACUAAUCAUGUAAGAAUUAAACAUUCUGGUUCCAAAACUUCAGAAUUUUAACUUUAAACAACCAAGCUGGGUAGACCUAAAAAGAAUAGUAAUGGUCAACUUUGA